GCUGUGAACAAGGUGGCGUCGGAGGUGGGGGGAGGCUGUGAUGGUUUGCGACCGGGGUCUAGCUGUUUGAGGCCGGACUCCGCCCGCGGUUGGCCCGCGGCAGCGACCCUGCAGAGGAUGGAUGCGAGCGGCUGACAUCUUGUCUUUCUGCGGUUUUGUCUCCGCGCACGUUGACGGCGCGGCCUUCGCUCGCUGCUGCAGGUCGUCGCUAUGUGACGUCGCCUCCUGAUUGUCUCCCCGCAAUCGUGACCGAGAAUGACGAGCAACGCGCAGGAAAUGUCGCCCGAUUUCGUGCUCAUGCGUCUGGUCUCCGCGGCCGAGGAGGACCGCCUGGACGCGGAGAACGGUAACGUGCCGCCGGGGGGCGUCGUGGCCGGGCUGGGCCGAGAGGUGCUGGCUCAUAGCGGCGUCAAAGCCAGCUUGGAUUUCGGCCGAGACGCGGGCCUCGAGCAUCCCAGCGGAUGCCGGAACAAAGCCCCGGCGAGCGGCUGCGGCCCCGCUGCACCUGACACGGGCCAGACGGACGGCCGAGACCCGCUGUGUGCGCCUCCUCCGCCGCAGAGCCCCGUUGAGGCCCAGGGUUGCGAGUUCGGUCCCGGAAUGCGGCCUCAGCUGCUGGUCUUCUCGGAUCUAAUGCGGAAUGGGGAUGGGAUCUUUGAACUGGAUCGCCUGAACCAGCAGAGGAAUCCUCUCGGUUUGGACCAGAGCUCCGGGGUGCCCGGUUGCUUUAACCCGGGUCUCAAUAACAACACGCUGAACGCUGCUGAAGUCCAGCAGCAGCAGAACCUCCUGGAUGGCACCUGGGUGGCACACAGUCCGGUCUCAGUGACCACGGAGCUGCAAGGACCCGCAGAACUCUGCCACCAGCACCGACUCCUCAGUGGCCCCCCCGAGUGGCCCUUGUUGUCAAGAGGCUCCGGCCCGCUUGCCGUCAUCAGCCAGGACCGAGAGGGAGCCGUGUUGGAGCUCGCCCGGAGGUUUGGCGAGCUGGGGGUGGGAGCGGUACCAAAGAUGCUCUUCAAAGCAGGUGAGCUCCCUCAGUGCGCAUGUCACGAGCCCGGGUCACGCGGCGUCGAGCACACGGACGACCCCGCCGUCACCAGCGACGCGCUCCUGGUGCUGGAAGGGCUCGGGAGCGAGGACGUGGCCGGCCUGGGCCUGGAGGAGGCGCAGGACGAGGAGCGCCGUCGUGAGUGUCUGCUGACCAGGAAGCGAGACAUCGUGGAGAAGAUGUCCAUCACUUGUUUACAAGCUGAGCUCAGCAGGAAGCCGGAAGUAGCAGCCGAGCCGGACCGGCGCCGGGAUUUCGCUUCUCGCCAGGUCACCGAAGGACAAUCCCGAGUGGCCGUCCCUGUUUCACACACACCGGUACAGAACUCAUCUUGGGCCAGCAGUCCCGACCACAGCCAGGCGUCCACUCCUCGCAGGAGGCCCGAGAGAUGCGCCAGCGCGCCAAGGACUCCCAGCGGAGCCGACAAGACUUUGAAAGUUCCGGGGAAGUCCAAGAAAGGCUCGUUAAAGGUCCGACUCAGCAGAUUGUUCCGGACCAAGAGCUGCAGCGGCUCCACCCACCUUUUGGACAAGAGACCCUCAGUGGCGUCCUCGGUGGUCUCUGCGGGGAGUCUGAUGGACGUGCAGACCGCCUCUGGACCUGCACUGGACUCGGACAGAAAUCCGAUGUCGUCCUUCAGCCUCAACCAGCCCAGACUGACCCGGGCCCACAGUGCCUUCUCCCCCGCCUCCCUCUCGGCUUUCACUGGUGAGACGGUGUCUCUGGUGGAUGUGGACAUCUCACGGCGAGGGACAAACACGCCGCACCCCCCCACGCCACCACCUCCCCCGCGUCGAAGUCUCAGCCUUUUAGAUGACAUAUCCGGUCCUCAGCCAGGGCCGUUCCUAGUGACUGUUAUGGGGGCGUCCCUGCAGUCCCUCCCCUUGCCACUACCCCCACCCGCCCCCCCUUCCCACGGCACCAUGCAGCACAGUCUCAGCCUCAACGACGCCUUCCUGCGAGCACUUCCUCAUUCAAAUCCAUCGCAGGCCGACGCCCCACCUACUGUAAGACAGGCCCCGCCUCCCAUGCUGUGUGCGCUCCGCAGGUCCGAGGCCGGCAACUUCACGGCCAGCCUGAGAGAGCUGGAGAAGUGCGGCUGGUACUGGGGUCCCAUGAACUGGGAAGAUGCUGAGAUGAAGCUGAAGGGAAAACCGGACGGAUCUUUUCUGGUCCGAGACAGCUCGGACCCAAGAUACAUCCUCAGCCUCAGCUUUCGCUCGCAGGGCGUCACGCACCACACGCGCAUGGAACAUUACCGAGGCACCUUCAGCUUGUGGUGUCACCCCAAGUUUGAGGACCGCUGUCACUCGGUGGUGGAGUUCAUCGAACGAGCCAUCAUGCACUCCAAGAACGGCAAGUUCCUCUACUUCCUGCGUUCCAGAGUCCCAGGACUUCCUCCAACGCCGGUCCAGCUGCUCUAUCCCGUUUCACGUUUCAGCAACGUCAAGUCGCUGCAGCACCUCUGCAGGUUCUGCAUCCGACAAAUUGUCCGCAUCGAUCACAUCCAGGAGCUUCCACUGCCCAGGCCGCUGAUCUCCUACCUAAGUAAGUUUUAUUACUACGACCCCGAGGAAGAGAUGUACCUGUCAAUCAAAAACAUCCGGGCGGCGUUGACCCCAGAGCGGGAGGCGGACUCUGAGACGUGAUCCCGCCUCCUGGUCGAGUGUGCUGGUUUUGCAGUCAGUCCCUGGACGGAGGUCCCGCUUCCUGGUCCAGCUGUUUUCUUGUUGGGACCGUUGAGCAGCAGCAAGCGGUGUUGCUGCAGCAGCUGCUGUUAGGCUGGCUGGGUGGAGAACGCCACAAUGAAAGACGCCAGCAGACACGAACUGAAGCCCAUCCACUGGAUUUCGACUGGUUUGUUUGUGCCGCCGUCCUUUCCGCCUUUCCCCCCCUGUCUCUUUUUUUGUGUCCGAAAUGAGACGGCUGAAGAUGCUUUCAGGGCAGAUAUACACACUCGCAUCAUCAUGGUGGACCAUUGCAACAUUUAGCUUUGUGCUUUAUUAUUGUCUCCUCAGUUGUGGAAUAUUAAUAAAAUAUGCGAUAGAUUUCAUGGAUUCAUGCGUGAUGAUGGUUUGAAUUCCAAGUUUUGGUUGACUUUUGAGGCAGAUUGUCUUGUUUGAUUGCUUUUAAGAGGUUCCCCUGUGUGUUUCCAAUUAUUAUUAUUGUUAUGAGUGUGUUUUGAUGUCAGGAGAAGGCAGCAUUCACCAAAGACAAAUGAUUUAAUGCAACCGCCAUCCUUGCGGGUGUGAAGUUAUUACUGAGUUGUUACUGAUGUAUAAGAGUUUCCAUUAUGCCUUGCUCCACAGUGUGUGUAUCUGCCAUGACUGACCUCUACCUGUCCACGUCCAAAUGUCUUUGCUCAUUUUCACAAGUUGGCUGCUGUUGUUUUUUUUAAAUAAAGACAAAAAUAAAC